UGAGCAAAGGUGCUACCUUCCUGACACACUGGUCACAAAGUAACAACUAACAAGGGAACAGCAAUGUAUGUUGUUAGGAUUGCUUUGUUUUGUUCUGCAAUUGUACAAAGUGGGUAGAGAUUUUGCCACUAAGUGAGACCAUCUCCCGAGAUGUGUUUCCGCCCUUUUAAAAGGCUUUGCCACUGGGGCCCCCUAAUAGCUCUGGGCAUCAUAAAAAUUGUAUCUUACACGAUGAUAAUUUGUAGCAUUGAGAUAUUACCUCCGAUGCAAUCCCUUGCCGGCUUUUUCAACAUGAUAAUAUUCCUUUCCUUCAGCGGUCUCACUCUGUACAAUUUCUUAUGUGCUAUGUGCGAAGGACCUGGAUACUUACCUUUGAACUGGAAGCCGGAAAAUGAGAAGGAUGAGGUUUAUCUACAAUUUUGUACCUCAUGCCAGGGGUACAAAGCACCUCGGUCUCACCACUGUAGAAAAUGCGGUAGAUGUGUGAUGAAAAUGGAUCAUCAUUGCCCAUGGAUUAACAACUGUGUCGGGCAUGGCAACCACACCAACUUCACCAUGUUUCUUUUCUUCAGUUCUUCUGGUUGUGUUCAAGCAGCCUGUGUGAUAAGUGUCGCUCUGUAUAGAGCUUUUUAUCGGGCUUGGUACGCAUAUCAUUCUCCUUACAAUCAAGUUCAACUUUCAUUUAUGAGCCAAGCACUUACAAUUUUUGCAGUUGGGCUUUCAAUAGGUGUUGCAUUAUCUGUUGGAGCGCUGUUUUUCUUCCAAAUAAGAGCAAUUUUGAACAAUAGAACUGGAAUAGAAGACUGGAUAUAUUCAAAAGCGGUUUCAAGAAGACUGCCAGAUGACCCCGAAUUUAUUUACCCUUAUGAUUUGGGUUGGAAGCAAAAUUUGCUGCAGGUUUUUAACAUAAAUAUGGAAACUGUAGGCGAUGGAAUUACAUGGCCAGUCGUUGAAGGGUGCAAUCAGUACACACUGACUAUAGAACAAAAAGAGCAGAAGCAUGAAAAGCGACUGCGAACAAGGCCGUACAUUGUGGAGAGGGCAUACAGCGGAUAUUGGUUUCCUGUAGUGCACGGUUGGAGGGUGUGCACCCAUCCUCCUCUCUCCGACGAGCCUCGUAUUGCCCUGAAACCUUCUGAAAUUAUCAGCGUCACGAGAUGGCGAAGGUAUUGGUUGUUUGGAGAAAAAGCGGCGGACGACCCAAGUGGCAAACGGGUCCGUGGUUGGUUCCCGAGGUGUUGUGUUAUGGAACUCAAUGAAGGAGGGGAUUUCACUGUGCCUGAACCAAAAAAGGACAAUUAAAAUUUGAAAAACAAAUUUGUAUAAUAAUGUUUUUAUAUUUCAAACAUGUAUGUAUGUAUAGAAUGUAUCUUUUUUAUUAUUUAUAUUAUGUAUUCUUAUAAAAAUGGAGAAACUCUUAAUAACCAAAAAAAUUUAUAUAGUGAUAUAUUUAUAAUGUGAAAUUGAAAAUAGUAUUUUAUAUUUACUGUAAUAAAAAAAAUUAAAUGCUCUUAAACUUAUA